UGUGACGAGAUACGAUAACGACUGUCGACUGUCGAAUACUCGAGUAGUCGACAGCAUGACAUCGGAUGUAUGUUGUCAUAGUAAUACAACGGUCGUCUCUUUGUUAAUGUUUUUCAGAUUUUGAACUUUUGGUCAAAAUUAUUCAUUAAGGUUUUUCUUCUCCGGUUUCCUAUGGAUCAAUAACGUAUUGAUAAUGAAUUAUGCGUGACCAUUGCUGUUGUAAACGCCACAUACUUAUUGGCUUUUGAAGUGAUGCAUCGAAUUACGAUCAUUUCUUCUGUUGCACGUGGCAAACAAAUUCAUCCAACUGAGUAGGUGGAUUCCGGAUACCCAAUACUAACUCAAAGGUAAUAAUGUCAUGCAAUAAUAUUUUAUAAUAAUAUAGCAAUAAUUUUAAUAAACCUAAUAAUACAAAAUAUUCGUGUAUUUAUAUAGAGUGUAUUAGAAACUAUAGGUACUUUAUAUUUCCCAACGUAAAAUUCUCGUUAUGCACCAGUUACCCAGGAUAACUCGGGGAAACAAUUUAAUUUACAUAUUGUUUGACGUUCAAUCAACAAUAAUUUGCAGAAUAAUUUAUUUACAUUUCAAGAAUUUGAAUCCUUCAUUGUUAUUGAAUAAAUUGAAUAAUUGCUAAUUAAAUAUCUACUUUAUACUUAAAAACUUAGGUAUAAAUACAUAAUUAUAGUACUUUACAGUAUAGUCCUCUGUCUUUAUUUAACAAAGUAGCGGUAGGUAGCAUAUUACACAAGUACCAAAAUGUGUGUUUAUUCAUCAUAUUAUUAUUUGCCUAAAAUGUGGUGAAACUGAUUAUGUUGUAUGGUUAUAAAAUGGUUUAUUGUUAAAAAAAAAAAAUAAUUUGUGGAUCCUAGCUCCAUUAAUAAAGAUGCCGGUAUAUUAUUUUGUUGUUCCCAUGUUGGAACUUCUAAAUUUAUUUUUUUUUUUUUUUUUUUGGUUGAAAAAAAACAGUAUUGAAAGGUUUUUUUAAAUUUAUUUGGAGACUGUUAAGAUGUCAAUUUUCUAAAUAAUUGUUUUUUAAUCCUUUUUUAUAGCUGCUAAACUGGAUCUAGCAAUUCUGGACAUUAAGUUCUUCCAAAUUUGAAAUUCCAUCAAACAUAAUAUUAGUGGUAGCAAAUUUCUUAUUGAUUUCACCGCUAACUAUAUUAUUUCUGUUUUUCAAAAUUUAAUAUAAUAAAUGUUAAUGUUUACAUAUAUUCCAUUUGAUAGAGCUAUUUAUACAGGAAAAGAAGUAAUGAUGAAUACACGUAAUACAUUCUUGACAAGUAAUUUGACAUUCACAAUUUGUAUCUAGUUUCUUAAUCACAUACGGUUCAUUUACAUUUUCAGACCUAACACACAUAUCACAACUGCAAUUAUUGAUAUCUUCCAUAACCAUAUCAUGUGACAUUCCAAGACUUGUCUUGUGUCGUUUACGUAAUUAUUUGAUCUUCAAGCUUAUUUUUCCUUUAUGUGGGAGCCUUAUAGUAGGACUGUAUGCUUUGUCAAUGAUAUAUCACAUCAACACAUGCAAGUAAAGAUUUAUCAAACCUUUUAACUUUUUUUGCCUUAUAAGAAUAUGUUUUAAUGUUAUAUGCAUUUUUUCAAUGUGCAUGUUUGUAUUGAUUCCAGAAUAUAAAUGAUGAUAAUAAGCCCAUGAUAAAAAAUAAUUUGCGAAUUCUAUCGUUUCGUUAUUAUUGGAUAUACAAUUUUUCAGCUUUCUCAAGCAUUUCGGCAAAUACAUCAGUAUCAAGUUCUUGGAGUAAGGUUCUAAUAUGCCUCAAUGUUGUACAAAUUCUUUUUACAUAACAAAUUGGUUCUUUUUAAAUGAUUAUUUGAUAUAUUAUUCCGAAUUUCAUCUAAUAUCUGCUCAAAUGAAAUGUGCUGUGAAAUUUAAGAUGCUAUAGCAUUCCUUGUAACUUUCUCUAAUGGUAGGUAAGUAGGUAACCCUUCCAUGACUUCCAUGACCUACUAUAUAUAGAUAGCCCACUCAACAUUAAAAACUGUUAAUAAGAAAUUGAAGUAAUGGGAGCCCAAAAAUAAUAUUGAGGGAUAUUGAAAUCGGAGAGCGCUAGUGUAGUUUUCAAUAGUAAUCAUGAUUGUGGCACUGGUUUAAUUUUGUUUCAGUGUUUAUAACAUUUUUGAUAAGCGAUAAAUAGUAAAAUACCAUUUAACCGUUUUUUUUCCAAAAUGUGUGUUUUUAAACGCCUAAUCCAUUAGUAUAAUCAAAACGUAUACAUUAUACUUACUUUUUAAGUUUUUGUAAAUAAAUCUUAAAAAAAAGCAUUUUCGGAAAUAAUCCAAAAUGUGGUCAAUAAUAGAAUUUUUUUGUAUUAUCAUUAUUUGUAGUUAUUGAUAUUUUCAUAAAAAAGUUUUUUUUAUUGAAGUCGGAAUAAGUUUAUCUGGCUUAGUUCUGGAGUUACAGACGUUCAAAACGCCAUAUUUUUCUGCGCUCACUCGGACAAUUUUAAUCGAAAAUAACCUUCGAUUUGUUAUGCUAAACCACGUCGCCAUAGGUAUCAAGGAAAAGUGAAAAGUAUAUAGGUGAAAUUAGAGACUCAAUGUUGGUCACACGCUCGCACGCUCUUCACAUUACCGCGUCACGUUUAAACGCGAAUAACUCGAAAAUUAAGCCAGAUAGACUUAUUAUUUUGACUUCAAUAAAAAAUACUUUUUUAACAAAAUAUCAAUAAUUACAAAUAUUAAUAAUAAUAAAUUAAAUUCUGUUUUCGACCACAUUUUGGAUUAUUUCCAUGAAUGCUAUUUUUCAAGGUUUAUUUACAAAAACUUUGAAAGUAAGUAUAAUGGGUACGUUUUAAUUAUAUCAAUGGAUUAAGCGUCUAAAAACAGACAUUUUGAAUAAAAUCACGUGGUUGUUUAACUAAAAUUAUGCCUUACUUCUUUCUAUUAUUCUAAAAUAUUAUAAUUAUAAUUUGGUUUUUGUUGUAAUAAAAAAAAUGUCUCGUGGUUGUGGUAGUUAAUGGUUUUUAUGGACUGCGGUAAAUCGUACAUAAAGAGUAAAAUCGUCUUCUCUACCCAUCUCGACUAUGGGAAUUAGUAAUUUAAAAGUCGGAUCAUAAAAAAAUGCCAAUUUCUAAUCAAUACAUCAAGCUUUCUUUUCCUCGGAAAUCGGCUGAAAUGUUUGUUUCGAUAUUAGAUAUCUCAUAUUUUGAUAUAUUUUUAAAUCAAUAGGGGGGUGGAGAUAUAACCCCUAACCACUCGCCCCUGUGCACGCCACUGGAUGGAGAACCGUAUGAGAAGCGUUGUUAUAAAUUACCAAGAUUUUCUGACGGCAAAAAUAUUUUUUUGACAUUUGGCGAAAAAAAAAACUAAGAAAACAUGAAAAUGUAAUAUUUUACACAUUUAUUACAAACAAUAAAAGAACAAGUGACAACUACUGUUGUUGUAGCUCUGUUAACAAUUUUAAUCAUUCCGUCGGGGGUUUUUUUAAUUUAACAAGAAAUUUUUAAUUAACGCGUUAAAUUUUUAAACUCUGUAUAAUUCCGGCAAUAUCGUAUUAUAGCGCCUAAUUCUAAUAACGUUGGAACACAAACUAAAUGACCAAAACAGAUAAAAAUGAUAUAAUCUAACUAACCGAAAUCGGUUAAUAGUAUUGUUUUGUUAAUAAUAUAUAUUAUAGUAAAAUAAUUGGUACCUGUUUUUCUGUUUUUCCCAUUUAUUCCCUAAUACUCGGAAACAACAAUAGUAAACAAGAGAAAUUUCGCGAUAAUAAAUUAUAAUGACAUAUUACUUGCCUAUAUUAUUAAUUAAAAUUAUCAUUAGAUUAUUAUUAUAACUAGUUCAAGCAAUGCAAAUUGCAAAUCGUAAUUCAUUCGAAUGAAUUAUUCAGUUAUUCGAUUAUCCGAACAAUGUGAUCUGUAUUUAGUGAAUACUAUUCACUUACCAGCGCAUUUAAUUAUUAGUUCAAUUCAAAUUAAUUCAUUGUUUAGGUUUGUUUUGGUUUCGACUUUUUUUCAUUAUUUCCAAACGAGUAUUCUGACGAUUAAUCGAAUGACUAUUUUUUGAAAAAUAUUGAAUUAUUCGAUAGUCACCAGUCGGUAAUGCCCAUCACUAGCAAUUGGUUCUUGUUAAUUGUUUGUGUUCUUUCAGUAAGUUUAAUAGUUCAGUGGUUUGUGAAAUUUCAUUUGAACGAAUUCUUUAUAUAAAUCAACUUUGUCACUGUUUAAAAAAUUACAAUUAUCAUUAAAUUGCCUAAACGGUCAUUACUUAUAAUAGUUCUAAGUUCAGAUUUCACUCUUUUCAAUAUAGAGAAACGUUGGAUUCUCAGCGAAGCGAACUCUCUUAGCGUUAUACUAUAAGUAUUUUUGUUUAGAUUUGGAACGUAGCUAGGGAUCUAGUAGUUUCACUAUGUAUGCUUUUUUUUUCUAUGUGUAAACCUAUUCUAAAAGGAAAUGAUGUCUAAUUGAUGCAUUAGAGGUCGUUUUUUUUGAUUUUCCAAGGGAUUUUCGAAUUAAUUGGGAAAAACUUUAAAAAAAAAUUAUAGGUAAAACGGCAAAUAUUUACGGCGCGUCGUGGCGUUACCGUUUUUAUUGUGUUAUACUUAAGUUUUCUAUCACAAAUGUUACUUCGAAAAAGGACAGGAGAUUAAUUUUGUUCCUAUUAAUAUUUCGCUACCGACAGAGUAAGUUGUUUUUCAAUAUCCAAAUGAGUUUUCGAAAUAAUUGGGAAAAAUUAAAAUUGAUUAGUAUUUAUGACAAUGUAGCAUCCCGGUUUAAUUAUUUUAAUAUGUUCAAUUUAUGUUUUCAACCAGAAAUAUUACUAAUUUUUAUUUUUUUUUCGACUUUUUACCGCCAAUGAAUAUAUAAAUAAUAUCAACUAUAGUAUUAGAUUACAAUCAUCAAUAUCAUCAAAUUUCAAUUGAUAACAAUAUUUAUUUUAUCAAUUAAUUGAUUAUUUUUUUACAGAUUUAUUUUAAGAAGCAACUAUGAAGUGUUCAGACUGUGGUUCUUUGAACCUCGAUUCCAGCGAUGGCCCAACCGUCUGUAUGGACUGUGGUGGCGUUAUGGACGAAUCUCAUAUUGUUUCUGAAGUUCAAUUUGAAGAAACUGAACAUGGAUCUCGCGCUGUUGGACAGUUUUUGUCUUCAGAUUCUCAAGCUGCUAAUUUUCAUAAUUUUGGCAGUGCCUUCCACCAUGGUAUGAAACAACCUUCUCGAGAAAUGACACAAGCCAAAGCAAGACGUGGAAUACAAGUGUUGAGUAAUAGCCUAAAUCUCAGUCCACAGACUUUAGAAAAUGCUUGUGUUUAUUACAAUAUGGCAUUGAAAAGGCAUUUUACACGGGGUAGAAAGAAUGCUCUGAUUUAUGCUGCAUCAGUUUACAUAGCAUGCCGAAUGGAAGGCACUAUGCAUAUGCUAUUAGAUGUGGCUGAUGCCAGUGAAGUUAAUGCAUUUGAAUUGGGUAAAACAUAUUUGAGAAUGAUGCAAACACUAACUUUGUCAGUGCCUAGUCUUGAUCCUAGUAUUUUCCUUAUGCGUUUUGUCAAUUCUCUUGAUUUUGGUGAUAAAACUCAUGUUGUGUAUACAACAGCAAUGCGAUUACUGCAAAGAAUGAUGAGGGAUUCAAUUCAUACAGGUAAAAUAUUCAUUCCAUUAGUUACUAUUUUAUGUAUAUUGUAUACAUCUACAGGGUGUCUCAUGAUGAUCUGCCACUUGAAAUAAUUUGUUCUAUUCAAGAUUUUUGGUAUAUAUAUAUAUCACUAUAGUUUAUAUAUUAUGAAUAUUUUUUUUAGUGGGAGAGGGAAUUAAAAAUAAAGUUUUACUUAAAUUUUUUAAAAUAGCCAUUUUGUAAAUAGAUUUUUAGAAAGUUUUUGCAAAUGUGAAUAUUACCUAUUGUGGUUAUUCUAUUACAAUAUUUAAUCAGUUAUUAGUCAGGGCACAUGAACAUUGAUAAUAUAUAUAUAGAUAGGACAUCUGUAUUCAUAAUACUCACGGUAUAAUGUGACCGAAAAGAAAGUACGUUAUCACACUAGUUACUUGUUAUUACAUUGGUGGUUUAUGGUAAACUAUGUUAUCAACAUAGAUUAUAAUACAUUUAUCAAUUGCUAAUAAAAUGUUUUAACGUGAGCAAAGAGCCAAGAGCUUGUCGGAUUGUAAUCUGUGUUAACGAUUGAGUUAAAUAAUUUAUUAUUUUAAUAUCUAUUAAGUCUAUUAUAAAUUUAAUAUUAAUAAUUGUAGAUACUUUUGUAUUUUUGAACAUGGUUUAUAAAUGUUUAGACUGUGGAUCAGUAUUAGUAAAUAUUGAUAAACUGUCAUAAUCACUUAUCAAUGUAAAGUAUUGAGGUUACCAUAAGUCAUAGUCAUUGCGGUAACGUCUAUUCACUUUAGGCACGCGCCAAACCACCUAAUGUCCUAUCCGUGUAUAUAUAUUAUCUAUGCACAUAACAAGGAUUUUCUUUUCCACGAAUCAAUAUCAUUCAAUAAUAUGAUAAUAUUAUUGAUAUUAGUUUGGAAAAACUCGCGUAUGCAUAAAUGCUGCCAGAACAAUCGAACCGCCCUAAUUGGUUGUGGCCACGGACUAAGAAAGAAUGAACUGAUAAUGAAUGUCUUUUCGAUGAAAACGAAAUGUUUACCCUAUGAUCCGUAUAAGGCAGUUAACGCCAUCUAUGAAUAAAUAAUUAUAAUAAUAAUUCUAAAUGUUUUUUUAAACAGAAUAAGUGAAAUUUCUCCUAUCCUGUCGUUUUUAUUUUAAUCACAAACUAAAACAAGAAGACAAAAAGUAAAUUGUAUAAUUAAGCGUUAACUAGACUAGAAAAUUCAUUUUUCUUUAUUUUGAUCUCGGUUUGUAUAAUAUUUAUUAUAAGAACUUCAGUCUUGUGAUCUUUACAUGGAAAAUGUAAAACAUUUAUAUUAGUAUUAAAGAAAGCAUGAGGAUUAUCAUACUAUUUAGAGAAUAAUUUUUCCCACAGAAGAUAGAAAGUAAAACAUAAAAUGAUUAAGAUGAUUCUACGCACCUCUUCUUGAUUUCAAAUUAAUCAAAGCAGCUUCUGCUCUAUUGCAAUAAUAGACAAUAUUUCCUUUAAGAAAUACUGACACGCGUACAUAUCUGGGCAUGAUUUCUGGUAGAUAUUGUUGUCACAGUAUAAAAAAAAAAUUAUGUCAAAUAAUAUAAUGAUUAUAUCUAUUAUAAUAUCUACUUCUGGACCCAUGGCAAAUUCUAUGCCAAAUGUCAAUCUAAGUCUACUUCUCUAGAGGCGGUGUGUGAUCGUUCCCCUUGCCUCCCCUCCCCCAGGAACGCGCCUCAUUAAUCACGAACUAAGAAAUAAUUGCAUGGUAACCAAAUGUUAUCCUUUCAAAAGCACCACCACCCCGUCAGCCCAUUUGUUACUAGUCUAUUCUUUCUGUGGCUUUUGGGUGUCGGCAUCUGUGGUUUCUCGUUGCGACCGUGUUUACAGCGUAUUGCGGUAUAGUUCAUAUUGAUACGUACGGUAUACGCGGAGUGCUUUAUCAAUAUAGCUCACCGUGUAUAUUCCUUAGAUCAUAUACUAGUAUAUGAUACUUAGAUCAUAUAGUAGUAUAUGAUCUAAGGCAACGGUCGAAUCUUUUUGAAGUUGCGACCCCUUAUAAUUUCGCCAAGAUUUUCAGCGACGCUUUUAUUAUGAUAACAUUAAAAAGUAGCAAUAAAUUCAUGAAACUAGCAUUUGAAAUAAUAAUAAGUUUAUUUAAUAAACAUUUUUUUUUUAAAAAAAGUGAAUAUUUUUUAAAUUUAAUGAUUUAUAUGCUGUUGUUGAUUAUAAAUUAUUUUAUCAAUCCUUGGUUCUAUAGGUUAGGUUAAACUCAUUCUCAUGGUUGGUGAUAUAUCAAGCCGAUUUCUUAAUUUAUUUUUAAUUGUGGUCAUUGUCGAAAAUCCUGUUUCGCAUAAGUAUGUAGUUAAAAAAGGAAUCAAUUUUUUUAAAGCCUCGUUAAUUAAUACGGGAUACUCAUUCUAAAUUUUAAUCCAAAAUUGACAUAUGCUUUUAUUAGUAUAAAAUAUCUGUUCUUACUCUUUGUCUGAAUAUAACUCGAUUAAUUUUUCUUCAUUUGAUGAUGAUAAUAUAUUUUUGUCUGAUUUUAUAAAUAGAUUAAUAACCCAUAAAUUGUUUGAACGAAUGUCUUUUGUUGGAUCAAUAAUUUGAGAAAUUUUUCUUUUAGUUUUAAUAAAUGAAUUUCAAUAAUAUUUUGCAUUUCAUUUAUUUCAUUUUAAUUUAAUACUUUUUCUUGAGUCAUAUUAUAAAAAGAAGGAAACAUAUCAAACGCACUCUUUUUUACUCUAUUUUGCCAAAGUUCAAUUUUACUAAGAAAUGUUUCUAUUUUAUUGUUUGAUGUAAAAAGAUUAGUAUAAGGCCCUUGUAAAUUCAAAUUUUGGUCAUUAAGAAUAGAAAAAAUAUCAGAAAGAUAAGCUAGGUUUGCUAACCAUACAUUGUUAUCAAAAUGAUCACCGAGAAUUGGUUUUCUUUAUUUUUCAAAAAUAUUUCUGUUUCGGUUUUAUGGUCAAAUAAACGAAUUAAGACUUUUCCCCGUGAUGACCACCCGACAUGCGAUUGUAGUGUAAAACUUGUGUAACCUAAACCCAUUUCAUCACACAUCACUUUAAAAAUACGUGUAUUUACUGCACUGGCUCGAACAAAGGUUUUAUGCAUUGUAUUCAAAAUAUCACAAAAAUUUAUUCCUGUAAUAGAGUCAUUAGUCAUAGGUAUAUUCUUUAUUUUAGCUACACAUUUAUUACCGAAUAACUCGGUAUAAAUAUCCGUUGUGCACGAUUUCAAUAAUUCCUCUCCGAUUGAAUAAGUUUUUUUUUUUGAUUCAGCUAUAUGCAUGGCGGCCAAAUACGGACACUUUAAGUAAAUUUUAUCCUCCGUAGUAAAAAAAUUGAUAAUUUUUUUGUUACCUUUAAACUCGUGCAAUUCCGUUAAAAAAAAAUCUUUAUUUAGAUUUUUUGUAAUGAAAGUGAUUUGUUUCAAGAUGACGCAAAAGUUUAUUAGGUUUUAGAGAUGCAUUGGCUAACACCAUUCCACAUAUAAUACAUUAGGGUAAAUCUGUAUUAUUUUCAUGCAAAUGAGUAAACCCAUAUUCGAUAUAACUUUCAUUUUACUUUAAUAUUUUUGUUGUUAGUUUUACCUUUUUAAAUGGCGAUUUUGAUUCUUUUUUAGUAGCAUCUAAAUCGGGAUCGUUUGAAAUUGCCGAUGAUGAAUUUGAUAACAGUGAAGCUUUACUAGGUUGUUCAAAAAAAUGUGCCAAAGGUGUUUGUCUACUCAUAUUAAUACGGAUGUAUUUAUUAUUUAUGUAAAAAAAAAAAAAAUAUAUUAUAAACAUAAAAUUCACUUCAUUGUGCGACUUGCAACUGACGCUUAGACCGUUCGGAACACCGAUAAAAUCGCGCAUUAUCGGUAAUCUUUAUAUCUGUAUUUAGAAGUGUUUCCUGUCCCAAGUUUCAUAUUCUAUAUUAUCAUUAUGUAUUUACGUUUUUCUCGGCAAUCCCAAACUUUUAUCAAUUGUAAUUCUCAACAAUGAUAAUUAUGAUUAUAUUUACAAAAACACUUUACUAGUUAUUUAUUAUUAAUAGAUAUGUAAUAUAUUUUAUAUAUUGGUGACCCUAAAAAGAUUGUUGGCGACCCCCGGUUUGAGAAUCACUGGUCUGAGGUAUAUUCGUUGUUCUGGCGGGUUGGUCAACAACGGCGCACAUCUUCGGGGUUAGAUUUUAAGUCCCCCUUCCCCCAAAUAAAAAAUUUUUAUGUAUAAAUUGUAGCACAGAGGCAUACUAAUUAAUUAAAAAAUAUUAAAUAGAAUAAAAGUUAUUUCAAGUGGCAGAUCAUCGUGGGACACUCUAUAUAAGUCUCUAAUAUUGAGUUCUAUAUUCAAGGUAGGCGACCAUCCAGUUUAUGUGGAGCAGCUUUAUUGAUUUCAGGACGUAUGCAUGACUUUAACCGUACUACUGAUGACAUAAUUAAAGUUGUGCACUGUCAUCAUGCUACAUUAAAAAAACGUUUAUUAGAGUUUAAAGACACACCAUCUAGUAUGUUAUCAAUCGAACAGUUUAUGAAUGUUGACUUGGAGGAAACCCAUGAUCCUCCGUCUUAUCGGAUAUCUCGCGCUAAAGACAAGGAGCGUAUAGAUCAAUUUUUUGAGGCCAAUGACAGUGAAAAGGUGAUUGAUGAAGUGAAAACUGCAAUAGAAAAAGAACUUAGUAAGAAAAAGAAUACUAAAGUGUUUGGUGUUAACUUGGCAGAAAUUGAAAGUGAUACCAAUAAACCAGAAACUAGUAGCAAAUUUGUCAAUGUGGGACCUUCAUUUGAAAUGAUGGGUUUAUCAAAACGAUCUCGGUCUUAUGAGGACGAUGAAGACGAAGAAUCAAGUUUUAAUGUUGAUAUAAAUGAUGACGAAAUUGACUCUUACAUCCUGUCUAAAGAAAGCCAUCUAAUCAAGAAAGAUAUGUGGAGUAAAAUGCAUGGUCCUGAAUACAGAAAAAUGACAUUAUGCAGGCAAGAAAGAGCUAAAAAUCCUAAGGUCAUAAAAUCAAAAGAAAAAAAAGUAAAGGAUUCAUUACGGACACCAGCCAAGACUGCAAAUGAAGCUGUAGAACGAGUAUUAAAAAAGAAAAAGCUUUCAUCAAAAAUCAAUUAUGAUAUACUUGAUAAUUUUGAUAAUUUUGUCAACUCCGAUUCCACGUCUGUACCUGGCCUUUAAUUCGUUGACAGAAUUGUACUAUUAUUGUAUUCAAAUUAUUACAUUUUUUUUUUUUUCAGUUAUAGUUGUUUACUAUUAGUUUUGAGGAAAAUAAAAAACCUAAACAAAAGUAGGAAUCCUAAUUCAGUUUAAUUUUUCAAAUAAAUUUUUUUUUUAUCACUCGUUUAAUACAAAAAUUAAAAAUUAUUCACAUUGUAACUUAAAAAAAAACUUCCUAGGAUAAUGGGGAUGGGUACAGCCACUGUUACAGAAUAUUUAAUGGUAAGCAACAAUAAACCAUUGCUUACGAAAAAAACUAUUCUGAACGGAGUUCGGUUUAUAAUGACGCUUUGUCUACAAUAUAUUAUGUUAUUCUAUAGUAAAAUAAUUAAAAAGGCUUUAAAUAUUUUCUUUAAUAAUAUUUAUUUACGGUUGUACGAUUUUCCCAGUUUUUCUAAGUUUUGAUUUCUCAGAACAAGUAUUUUAAAUAAACGAAUUAUAAAUUUAUUACCUUUUUUUACAUUAAACAAUUUUUAUAAUAAAUAUUUUUAAAUCACCUAUGUAUUCAAACAAAACUCAAAUAGUAACUGACUAUGGUUUUAUUACAGAAAGUUAAAAUGAUACAGAAUUAGAGAAUUGAACAAUAAAAAUAAAAAGUGACUUGAAAGUUCUUGUUGUUAUUAGUAGACAUUUUUUUGUGCCAGGGUGACAUUAAUAUCAUAGACAUCUUUACAUAAUACAUAUUUAAAAAUAUAUAAAUUGAUAAGUAUCUAAAUUGUUAUUUUUAUCUAGGUCAACAUAAUAAAAUAAUAACUAAUUGAAAAGAAAAAAUUCAAUAUAUAGCCAUAGCUACCUUAAAAAAUAAUUUUUUUUUCUGUUUACAGAAUGUUCAAUUACCUAUUUGUUUUAUUUAUCUCAAUGACUUGUUUUUUUCAUAUAUAAAAACAUGCUAAAUGUUUAAGGUGCAAAAACGUCUCAUAACAAUACCAAUAAAAAAGACAGACAUCCUUCGUACGCGGUUGCAGCCAUUGUUGUAGCGUGGGAAGUUGAGAAAGUAGGAUACAAAAGGGAAUUUAAAAACGAAAAAACCAUUCUAAGCGCAAUUCAGUUGAUAGUGUUGCUUUGUCAAAAAUAUAUAUGUUAUAUUAUAGUAAAAUAAUUACAUAUGCAAUAAACAUUUUCUUUAAUAAUAUUUGUCUAAUAUUGUACCUAUUUUCCCGUCUUUAGUUUUUCCUCCUUUUUCAAAAAAAGUGCUAUCAUUGUAAAUCUGAGAAAAAUUGCUGGUAAAAAAGUUAUACACAGAAAAAACCCAGGGUUUGAACUCAACCCCUAGGAAGACAAUAGGUGUGUAUAACCACCAGAUCACGACAUUCUUCAAAAAAGACUAGAGUUAUAUCAGAACUUCAAAAAGCUAUAAUUUCGAAACAGUCCACUCAAUUUUGAUUUCACCGUUGUUCUUAAAUCGGCAAUAUACAUAUGUUCAAAACAAUUGAAAAAUUGGAUUUGUUCAACAUAGUUUUAAA